AUGUAAUAAAAUAAUUCACCACCUUCCACUGCUUCAUUUGUGCUUGACAAACUUAAACAUUUUAGAAAAACUUAAAUGUCUUCGGUGCUUCGUAGUUUUCUAAGCAGUCAACCUAAAAAAUAAGUUACUACUAAACCAUUUAUGAAACUAUUUUCAUCAUCCAACUGCAAUUCUCCAUUACAAAGAGAUAUAUCCCUUUUCGAACAUACUCAUGAUUAAACACUUAAACAAUUAGAUCUCACUAAUUUACAUGAAUAUGAAUACAAAAUUACACCUCAUUCUUAACUACAUUCUUUUAGCAAAGUAUUUUUUAAUUACUUACUAUUAGGAUGUUAAAUUUAUUCCAUUUAUCAGUACAAAAGGAUAUAAUUAAUCAGAUAAAAAAUAUAAUAUUAUUUUGUUCUUUGAAGAAAACUCCUAUUUAUUUCAAGAUUUUAUUAGAAAAAAAGAUGUCGAGAAAAUGAUUAAUUUAUUUUAAAAACCUAUGCUCAUCGCAUAAGAAUAAAAUGUAUAUUAUUGCUUUUUAAUUUAGUUAAUUGAAUUAUUUUCAUAAAUGCUCUUCCUUUUAGCUUAGUUCUUUUAUGAUUGCUAAGAUUAUUCAAAAGCUACAUAUUUUUUAAGAGAUUGUUUAAUUAUGUCAAAUCUUGCACGCUUUCCUAAAUUAAAAGUCAUCACCUUAUUAUUUAUGGCAAUCUGUGCUAAAUAGUAAACUAUUUUAUAUUAAUAGGUUUAAGUUAUUUGACUAAUCGAUAACUUUAAUUUAAAAAGCAUUGAUGUAUUCUUGGGCCUAUUAUUAUCAUGAUGAAGAAAUACAGUGUUAUGAUGCAAUGGGAUUAGCUUAUUUUUAUUAAGGGAAUAUAGAAAGAGCAGAAUACUAUCAUUAGAAAUGGUCAAGUGGUUUUUUAGAGGAAUCUUAAUCUUAUUACAGAGUAACAGCAAUGGAGUUUAUAAAAAUGUUUGAAAGAACUUUGCCAACAAAAGCGACAGAUUUUAUGUCAUCGAUUUAAGGAUCAAUAAGUGUUCCAUUUUAAAAUAUUGCAAGUGGUAAAAGUUAUGAUGAGAAGAGAUUAAUAAAAUAUAAUAAUUGUAAUCCAAUAGAUAUUAUCUAUUCUACAAUAAGAGGAAAAGAGUUUAGUGAGUUUAAUUUGAUUCAUCAUGAAUAAACAUUAAUUUUGAAUAAAUAGAUAAAGAAACAAGUUAAACUACCAAAAAGAAUAUUGGAGAUAACCGAGAAAUAUAAAAAUAAAGAUUAAUAUUCAUUCAAUCAUAAGAUAUUAGAGAAUCCUACAUAUAAGUUAACACUUUAAUAGUAGGUAGAUUUAAGAACUACGCAAUAAUUUAGUGUAUCGUAAGUGAAUUAGAACGUUAAGAAAUUUAUAUCAUCUUAGAGAGAACCAUAUAUGAAGGCGAAAUAAAUAUAUAUAAGAGGGAAUAACAAAUAAAGAGAAUUUAUGCCAAGAUUUAUUGGGAGAUAUCAAAGAAUGUUAAUCUAAAUACUAAAAUGA